AUGAUUUUGUACAUCAAUGGUAUAAUUUACAGGGUUACCAACCCAUUGCGAUUUCUUGAAUAUUUCUUUCGAUGGCUUUUGGGCCGACUACCACAAUUCUACGUUAUUGCCUUGUUUGAUACAGACUAUCUUAAAUAUCUAACACAUCUCCAACGUUCAGGUGAUUAUUUGACCGGAAAUCUUGGACCUAAAAUAAUUCGUCGUUCAUCUUACAAAAAGCUUGGUCCCGCUUACCAGGCAAAUAUAAAGAGAACCGUCACCUGUACACCUGUUGUCUUUAUUAUGCCAUAUAUCAUACGAAUGUGUGAUCCGGAUCCAUCUGUUAAACAUUCUGAGAAGCAGGUGGAACCACACUUUCGAAAUAGACCAAAAGAAAGUGGAGAUCCAUUCGACGAGGAAGAUGAUGACUUAAAGGAAACAAUAACAGACUUUAAACGACUUCUGGAUCAUUUUGAGCUUCCGGCUGAAUUGACUACAGUGCCGGCAAAAAGGGUCACCCGACUUUUAAGAAAAGCUUCGAGAUCUGUGUCAAAAGAGCCGGUUGAGGAUAAUUCGGAGAAUUCGGAAAGUGAUGCAAUAUUUAAUAUAAGCUGGUUCAAAACGCAUUUUAUAUUAGUUCAAUCAGAGGAAAAGAGGUUGGAAAAACUUUUAGGGAAGUUAAGGGGGAAGGAAUCGAGUAUUGACCCAUAUCCGUUUGUUAAACUCUCUUCUGACCUAUACACAGAUCUUUUCUUCUGGAAGUACAACACCAAGAAGAUACUCAAGAAAUGUCCACCGGUCACUGAAUUUUCACGGUUUUGUAUUCUUUCCAGAAAUCGCAUAUUUCAACAGUUUCCAAAUACAAAGAAGGACAUCAGCUUAUUCUGGAUUAUAGCUCGAAGGCAGUGGGAUGUCCUGUCCACCAGUGAAAAAUCAAAUCGGAAAUUCAUUGCUUCAAAGCCAUAUCAACCGUAUGCAGAUUAUGACGAAUUAAAAAGAUUCCUUGUGUAUUCUUCGGAGGAUUCAGAUGCUCAAGGCGAUUUUGAAGAAAUGUGUUUGGAUGCGGGCUCAGCAAAUUGGAAAGGAGUUGGAUCCAAAGAUGGGCUAGACCCACUUCCAAAAGAGAGGAGACGGUCGCAUGAAGUUCAAUUAACAGAAAAACUACCUCAUAUGUUGGAGGCUGAUACAAUUGCAGAAAAUAGCUCAGAGUUACCUGAGAACGAAAGAAAAGCCCGUAAUUCAAUAGUGGACAAAUCGACUCAAAACAUUACAGUUACUACAGCACCAUGCAGUGAGAACAAUGAAAUGAAGAGUGAAGUUGGGUCUGAACCGUUAGUCGCAAAAGCACCGGAACCAGAUUCAGGGCGGAAAAAAGAUGUGGAAACAACUGCCAAGAAUAUUAAUACUUCUUCCACAACUGUGGUAGUUGAUGAAGAUUUCUCAGUGGGAGAAGAGGCAGAAGGAACUAUUUUACGCAAUCAAACAGAUGAUGUGGAAACUGAGAAAGAUAAUAAGCAAGCAACAGCCUAUGAAGUGAGAAGUCCUUCAACGAUAGUGCAAACUCCUCAAACUACACCGCCUCGGGCAGGAGAUAUUGAGAGUGUGCUUGCUAGCGAUUUAAAGAUUAUGGGAACAGGAUCUGAUUUAGAAUUUGAAGGCGGUUCGAGGAAAUCUAGCAUAUCAAGAGAUUUUGAGGAUAUGGGAGAAACGCCUGAUGAUGAAGAUCAAUCUUCUAUAUAUCAGAAGCAACUGGUUGCAGAAGUUAAAAAGCGCGAAUUAGCCAGCAUGAAUAUACAUAACGACGAUAUAAACACAUCACCACUUUUAGAGGGCCGAAAAAAUUCAUUCAUCAACGGUGUUGAUGAUCUUCAAUUAAACAUACGGCUACCAUCCGGUAAUAGCAGUGAAACCGAGGAAGAUAGAGGAUUUGAAGCAGAAGAUGACGAACCGUCAAGAGUUGUCUCAUUUGAUAACUCUCUGGAGACAGGUACGAGCUCACCUACUGUGGAGAGUGUAAAAUCCCUGCCGAUGGUGAAAUUGAGAAAAGUGCAGAAACAAGGCACUGGAAGAGUCUUGUCGACAAAUUUAGAUGUAAACGAACUUUUACAUGAGGCGGACGAAGCCAGCAGUGUUCCAGAGAAGGUGGAUAAGUAUGAAAAGAUCAUAAAUACAAUUCUCGGGCCUUCAAACGGCCGUAAGAGAAGUUCAACGUUUAUCAACGCAUUAUCAGGCUGGGUAAGUGCAGAAGAUGGAUAUGAUAUGGAGCACAAUCCAGUGCCUAAAAGCAAAUCGGGCCGUCCAAAAAGACAACGAUCUUUGAACUUAAUGGAGUCGCUUGACCCGGCUACCCUCGAAAAGUUGUACCAGGAAAAAAACGAGGAGGAGCUCAACGGAGUUCAGAGUAUGCUAAAACAUAGGGAAGAGGAGUAUAAGCGGUCAAAGCUCUCGGAAAAGUACUAUAAUGGAAGACACAGGUCGUUGCGGGACCGACUAAACGAUCUAUUAGACGAUCGGAUGAUGGACAUGGCAAAUUCGGCGGAGUUCAAACAUAAGAUGAUUCAUCCAAGGGAUCUUUACGAGAGAUUUGUCAAUUCAAGAGCGAAACCUUGGAACGCAAUCUCAAAUAUGGAAAAAGAACCGUACUAUGAAGCAUUCAAGCGACAAUAUUACUGGGUGAUAUACCACCCAGAUAGAGAUCAGCAAGAAGAUAUCAUGUUUGAUAUUGCUCAGGUAUGUAUUGAGUUUGGUGAUAUGUCUUUGCCGGUUGUUUUGGCCUCUUUGUUUGAUGCAGAUAAGAUAGAUGACGAUUGA